GCCCCCGUCCCGCCCGGCUCAAAAAUGGCCGCCGCCCUCAGGCGCUGUUUGGAAUAGUUACAGGAGUGGUUUGCUGUCUUGACGUUCAGGCUGCUCGCUGUGGGGCCAUGGAUGGUGUCCGGGCGGGGAGCGCCCUGCAGCCGGCCCUGCACCUGCCCUUCCUGCCGCGGCACUUCUAUCGAGCGUGUAAGUGCGUGGCGGGAGCCCCUCACGGCCGGCCUGCUUCCCUCACUGAGGCGAGCGGGGGGUCCCGGCGCGGCCGUUGUGCUGUUCCCGCUCCGUGUUUCCAGUCUCUUUCGCCCCUGCAGAAAAUAGCGUCUUCCAAUGAGCACAGGUUAAACUUCUGGAAGAGCAAGGAGCUGUGUUUGAAUUACAUCCAGGAUGCACUACUACAGAAGCAGUGGAAGAGAGCUGCAGAGUUCCUGACCUCCUACAUCGAGUCACUGGAGAAAGACUUCUCUACACAAUACAUGGGGCCGUCAGAGAUGAUUUGGAGGAUAGGAACAGAAAUUCUGUGCAAUCAUUCCCGCAGCAACAUAAGAGAGUUCAACUCUUUCAUAGAACAGAUGAAAACUUUAGGAGUAAAAAGGUAUUUGAAGGUUUGUUUAGAGCAUGCCUUUCAUCUCCUUUGUAAUGGACUGGUAGAUGAAGCCUACCAAAACUUGUCCCUGGCAGAGAGUUGGAGGUUUGGAGAGCAAACAGUUGUUCAGGAUAAAGAAAUGAAGCUGAUUCAGGCUUACAGGGGACUGCUGGACUACUAUAGCUGGUCCAAUCAGAAGAACAUACUGUUAAAGUAUGGGAAGGAGGGAUUUGAAGACUUGUCUGUUGAACAGGAAAUGCAUGGUUGCUUUCGGAAGGCAGCAGUGAACUUAAAGGAGAUCAUUAAAAUACCUGGAGUCUGGGAUCUCUUUGUGAAAUCCUAUGUGGAUCUGUUGGAAUUCUAUGGAGACCACCAAGAAGCUCGUGAAGUAUUAACGGAUUAUGCCUACAACUCAAAGUUUCCUGCAAAUCCCAAUGCUCAUGUUUACUUGUAUCAGUUCCUAAAGAGACACGGUGCACCGAAGAAAUCACUCAUAUCUGCACUCAAGAUCUUGCAUGAUAUUGUUCCCUCUCAUGAACUAAUGAUAGAUUUUAACACUAUGCUUCAAAAAUCAAAGAAACGAAAAAGACGCCGACUGGGGCUAGAAGUUAUUUUUGCAGUCUUGGAUUAUGCUGGCUGGAAGAAAAAUGUCAAAGCAUGGAGUUGUUUGGCCAGACAGGUGAAACAAAUUGUAAUUUCUGAGAAGCAUCUCGACUGGAUUAAGCAGGAGUGGAACUCCAGAAAGGACUGGUGGCCAGCCUUCCAUUUUAGCCGCUACUUAGCCAAGAGGGAUUGGCAGGAAAAUGAAAGCCUUUCAUAUGAAAAAGCUCUGCUGGCUGGAGUUCUACUAGGAAAGGAUUGCAAGUACUUUAAAUAUGUGUCACACCAAGGCUGCAAAGCUCAGGUGAAAAAGUUUCGGACACUCAAGAAAUUUGUGAAUAAGCACAGCACUGCCUACCUGAGCAUAUCUGGUCUUUGAGAUUCCUCUGUACAACUGUGAUUAAAAGGUGUCCUACAGGGUCUUGCUGCAUUCUUUUCCCCUCGUGAGACUGGCUUCUGUAUUGGCAUUGGUCUAAAAUCUGCUCUAAAGAGAAACUGUCAACUCUAGUAGAUUUUUUUAAUGUUUCUGUUAAAAGCACUUGGUUUGUAUUUAUUUUAUAAUAAAAUUAUGUAAAUCAACA